GGAAAGAGCCGAAGAUGUCGGCUCGGUCAUGUGAUCAGCUGUGUCCAAUCACAGCUGAUCGCAUUGCCACCUGUCAGUGGCCAUCAAUGCCAGCAGUCAGUGCUCAUCAGUGCCACAUGCCAGUGCCAUCAUGCCACAUCAAUGCCACAUAUAAGUGCAUACCAGUGCACAUCAAUGCCACAUAUCAGUGCCCAUCUGAGCUGCCUUUCAAUGUCACCCAUCAGUGCCAGUCAGUGCCAACUAUCAAUGCCAAUCAGUGCCACCUAUCAGUGCUGCCAAUCAGUGCCACCUAUCAGUGCCAGUCAGUGUCACCUAUCAGUGCUCAUCAGUGCCACCUAUCAGUGCCAGUCAGUGCCACCUAACAGUGCCAGUCAGUGCCGCCUAACAGUGCCAGCCAGUGCUGCCUAUCAGUGCCAGUCAGUGCUGCCUAUCAGUGUCACCUAUCAGUGCCAUAUAUCAGUGUCAUGUAUCAGUGCUGCCUAUCAGUGCCCAUCAGUGAUGCCUGUCAAUGCCCAUCAGUGCAACCUAUCAGUGCCUCCUCAUCAG